CUUGCAGAUACCUUUACCCUCUGUAAGCAGACCAGAAUUGAUCAUUGAUACUGAUCAGCAGCACUGUUGGUUCUCUCCACAUAAAAUAUUUCUGAGAGGUGUGAAACUGCCUCAUCCUUUACCUCUGCCUGAAGCAAAGCAGUAUGUGUGGUUGAUCAGGAAACUAACCUGUUUACCUUUUGGUUGACCUCAGAGAGUAAGAAAGGGCAUACCAGUGGCUGUACCAGGCCAGACUUGCCUGGGCAGUUUGCAACUGGCCACAAUUCAAAAAAAUUCUCAGUAUUCUCCAAGCAAAGCACAGGGUGCACUACUUGCACAGGCAAAACCCUGCAAAGCAGUCAACAGCCUCUCCAAGUUGUGCCUCUCCAAGUUUUCUCUCUUGCUACAGGGAAACAACUUUUCUGUCUGUGUUUUAAUGCUCUUCACAUCUACUCCUAGAGGAAGCCACCUCACCCACUGCUUAUUUAAAACUGGGAGCAUCGCAUUCCCUGACUACCACCUUUUUUUGGAAAGACAAAGUCUCCAUAUUGGUCUUUUCUUUCCAGUCAGUAUUCUGUGAUCACUUCUUCUGUCUUCUAAUUCCCUAUAAGAAGAGUUAUGAAGCACGUGAGGUGCUUACAGAACUACAUUCCAGCCCAUAGCUUAACCCUUCCUUGCCCCAUGUGCCGCCAGACUUCAAUUCUGCCAGAGAAAGGAGUUUCUGCACUCCAGAACAACUUCUUUAUCAGCAACCUGAUGGAUGUUCUGCAACGAAUUCCAGAGAACAGCAUUGAAGAGUCCUCUUUGGAGACUGUCACUGAUCUUGCUGUGGGCAAACCGCUCCCCUGCCCCAGUCACAAUGGAAAUGUAAAAAAAAAAAGUUUGUCUGCAAUGAAAAUUGGGCCACCUUAUACCUAUCUGAAAACUCCUUUUGAGGAGAAGUUGCUAGUGGGAAUGUUUUCGUUGAUCAAUUUUGUGACUUCUGUGGAAAUACAGCGGAAACCAGUGUUGGACACCAUACCUACCCUAGAGCUCCCAUCCACUUGGAAACGAGGAGUUCAGGCAAACUUUUUUUUCUGAGCUGUUUCAUGAAACAAACCUGUCAUCAAGAAAAGCUUGCUGGGAAUGUCACAAAAUAUGAGGCUCUUGUUGGAAGUGGAGGGGAGAGCAGAAAAGCCAGUAGCACAUGUCUGUCUGUACGUAGAAAUAACGAAAAAAGAAUCUUAGUUGAUUAAGAAAUAUUUGACAAAAUCAUAGGGAAUCAACUUAUCCAAAAACUCCAAGCCUGAAUCAUAUUAAUAAUAGCUUUUCUUUCUGCUUCAGCUAUGGCACAAUCCAAAGACUUUCAUGGGAAAUGGGAUCUAUUUCACUCGAACCAUUUUGAAUGUGGUUGAGGCAAAGAAGACAGUUUUUGUGCAGACAUUUAUAUAUAACUCCUUAUAGUCUGCUUGCUAUUACCAUUUUGUCUUCUGUUUCUCUGGCACUUGAAUAUACGUUGCUGUAAAUGUAAUGAAGUUCGUUAUGAAAUAUUUAAUAGGAAAAAGAAAUUCUGCAUUAUUCUUUCAUUGUGUCUAAAGAUAACAAAUAUUGAACAGGUAAGGAGCUUGUUAAAGUGUCCUGAACAUGAGCAUUAAAUUAUGAAGAGGCAGAAAUAUGAACUUAUGACCCAGAUUCAAAAUAAAUGAGCAUUUAUGGCCAUAUAAAAAUACUUAGCUUCGUCAUGAACAACAUUUUAUUUUGCAAAUUUUUGAAGCCUUUAUAAAGACUUUAAAUCGUAAACUCUGUUUAACUGACUUCCUCUAUGCACUGUGAAACUGUGCCACGUCUUAAAGCCUACCAAAGCCAGGCCUCGGAAGACCUGCUACUGUAAGGCUGCUAAGUUCAGAGUUAUUGGAGUAGUAUUGAUAGGAGUUGCCAUUGUUUAGAUCUACGUGUUCUUUCCUUGCUGAUGCAUUCCGUCUUACCAAGAUUAUUUGGAGCAGCUUUUACUUUGUCUCUAAAGUGGCUUACACAAGUGGCCAUCAAAUAACUAACCCCUCGCUGCAUGCUCAUCUCGUAUCUUGUGAAUUGUGAUAAGAAGGAAGAAUGGGAAUAUGAUGGAAAGGAGCUUAUCAGAGAAAAAUCCCUAUUAAUGCUAAUAAGCCAUAUGCAAGUUGUGGUUCUUACUUUUAUCUCCUAAUUCUCAAGACUAGGAACGGCCAACUAUUUUGCACAGAGCUGUUACACGUCCCUCUGCUCUCCUGAAAACAUCUGGUUCUACUUUACCCGUGCAACUACCUGAUGUCAACCAACAUCUCAGCACACCCCUCAGUCUGAGGUCUGAGUGCCAAAAGCAUCAAACAAGUUAUAUGAGAUUCUGAUGCUAUGCUCUGAAUGCAAGAGAACUGCCAAUGGCUUUCUUUGAAGCAAAUACUGAGUUGCCUUAUAAACUCUGAAAUAAGCCUAAAAUACUUUGUAUUCAAGAGUUUUCUAGCUGUAGAAGAAUGUCACCUGCUGAACUUGCAUUUGUGCAUUAUUUCGACUAGCAUAUGAUUUUGGGCACAGCACUUUUCUGUCUCUUUCCCUUCAUGAAUACAUUCACAUUUGGGGGUAUUUAUUACAUAUAUAGACUUCAUUUUUUAAUCUCCAGACAGUGUUUUACUGCGGAUGUAGCAGGUGGAAACAAUCUUCAUUUUCAAGUGUAGAUCUGCGCCCUUAUUAUAAUCUCAGAUACAGGGUUUUGAUGGCUUGAAGGGAUUAGUAAUAGGAGAUGGAUCUUGUCCCCUGCAGCACAUCGGUUCAUUGAGGAUGCUUUUCUGUAGCAAAUAAGCAUGGUGUUUGGUGGUCUCAGCUGUGUUCAUGUUGCACCGGUGGCCCUGUUAGGAAUAACGGCUGAAGCUUACAAUUUCUGUGGCAGCCCCUUAAUGGAGAUUAAGGAUUGAAUUCAUGAGGGGACCUGAGUGCCCUGAUUUAUUUAUUUAUUUAUUUAUUUUUGAGUUCUUUCAUAGAGUAAUAAAGAGACCAAAGCUUACUGUUGUCUAAAGAUAAUGUUGCCUUGAGGUCCAGUGUUCUAUUUCCUAGGUUACUGUUCUCAUGUUUCCCAAUAGAAUAAAAUGCAUUUUAAAGAGUGUUUAGGUAGGAAAUACGUAAGAAUAACAGGUAUCUUUUAAGUAGUAGAUUUUAUUGACAUACAACAGAGCACAAACUUUGUUUCCUUUUGAACUGUAAUCUAAGAGCUUAGAUAAUAACAUGUGAGUUCAAGACCCAGAAAGGUGUGCUUUGAACUGAUGCUACUGCUGCUGCCGUGUUUUAAUCUAGAAUUGUGC